AUGAUCAGCGAUAGAUUCGUUAUAGCGUUUAUCAUAUUUAACGUUUUUUAUGCCAUUUUUGUGCCUGGCAGCGCACAAAAUCUGCUGGAUCGUUUGAGACCUGCGCCCGCCAAUCUGACUCGGAGCGAUGACGUCAAGGUAGUUUCCGGCACAAAGGUGAAGCGCUACGAGCGUCUAACGGUUCCAUUUGGCGGCGUGGGUCCAAUCAUUGGAGGCAUCGGUGCAGCUGGAUUACUCAGCCCUCUCCUUCAUCCGCAGCCGGCUUACUUGGGUUAUGCUUAUGUUCCUCAAUGGCAGGCGGCAGCUAAGCUCAUGGGAGAUGGCGAAUCUUCGGGAGCAACUGGUAUGAUCACCUUGCAGCAGUUGCCCUACAACAGUGACAUCAAAGUGACCAUUAAUGCGACGGGUUUGCCAGCUGGAAAACAUGCUCUCCACAUUCAUACUUAUGGGGAUCUCAGCGAGGGAUGCAAAUCCACGGGUGGACAGUUUCCCAAUAAUUUUCUGGGCAACCUGGAGGUCAUGGACGAUGGCAGCGUAUCGUCGGUGUUUAUGAGUAUCUACCUGCAACUCUUUGGCUUCAAUGGCAUCAUUGGUCGUUCCAUUGUAAUCCACAGCAAACCCAUCGAUCUGAACACAGCGCUCAAUGCGGAGGUAUUCUCCUCCUCUUUGGCGGUUAUGCCUAAUGCCUUGGCCUAUCAAAAUGAGGAGAUCUCGGUAGGUGCCCCCAUUGCCUGUGGCGUCAUCAGUAUCAUGAGCACAUCCAUAUCACCGACUCCAGCCACUUCGCCUCCAGCUCCUUCACCUCCAGAAGCCGAGAAAUAGUUGCUAUAUUUAAAGAAAUGUAAGAAUUAUAAAAACUUUUUUAAUAAUAUAACUGCAAGUUUUCAU